UACUAAUGCUCCAAAUCUCAUCGAAAGCAUCUACCAGGAAGCGAAUGGCGGAAAUAUAAAAUCCACUGCAGUUUUCUAUACUACAUUCAGAUGGAAUUGUGAUACGGUCGCCUGGACGUCUUAUCUAAGCAAAGCGCAAUGGGUGAAUAGGCAGCCAAUCAUCCAUCGGAGAGUGUACUUACUGCUGGCCGUCUCUGCACAGACACAUGGCUGUGUGGCCCCCUAGCCUCUGAACAAGACUCGCUCCGACCCGGGCGUGACCAUGUUCGAGAGGACGUCCUUCACCACGCUGAUCGUGGGCGUGUUCGUGGUGUACGUGCUCCACACCUGCUGGGUGAUGUAUGGCAUCGUGUACACCAAGCCUUGCGAUGACCCCCCCAACUGCAUCACGCCCUUCCUGGCCAGCAAGCCCAGGCUACAGUUAAGUAUCUACAGCACGCUGAAGCCCAACGCGGACGGAGGGCACACUCUCAUUCACAAGGAGGACAACUUUGAGGUGGACAGCAAGUUUGAGAGGAUAGUAAACGUGUCGCUGCCCAAGAAGACGCGCCACAACGGUACGCUGUUCGCCAUCGUGUUUGUGCACCAGGCGGGCGUGUCCCCCUGGCAGGACCCCAAGCAGGUGCACCUGGUGGCCCAGCUCACCACCUACAUGCUCCCCAAGCCCCCCGAGGUGUCCCUCAUCUCCGCUGAGGAGGGCCAGGCCGAGGACGACAGCACUAAGGAGCUGAAAGUAGAACCGGGGCAGCAGAACGUUCGCCAUGGCAACCCCGCGUCAGGGGGCGGAGCUGGAGGGGGAGAAGGAGCCGCCGAAUCCGACAACCCCGUUUCCCAUUGGCGGACGCGGCUGACGCUCAACAUCGUCAGUGACCACUUCCAGUUUGAUAAGGAGUCCCUGCCCAGCGACGUGCACCGAUACCUCAGAGUCUUCCCCAGUGGUAAGAAGAUGGUGUAUCUCCCACUGCUCUUUGUCGAUGAACUCAGUAACAGAGUCAAGGACUUGGUGGAGAUCAACCGCACCACGAAGGAACUUCCACUGACUAUAAACUAUGACUCCAUCUCUCUCGGGAGGCUGAGAUUCUGGAUUCACAUGCAAGACGCAGUGUAUUCACUACAACAGUUUGGUUUUACAGAGAAAGAUGCGGACGAGAUAAAGGGAAUCUUUGUCGACACUAACCUCUACUUCCUGGCUCUCACCUUUUUCGUCGCUGCCUUUCAUCUGCUCUUUGACUUCCUGGCGUUCAAGAACGACAUCAGCUUCUGGAAGCAGAAGAGGAGCAUGGUGGGAAUGUCGAGUAAAGCAGUGCUGUGGCGAUGCUUCAGCACCAUCGUCAUCUUCCUGUACCUGUUGGACCAGCAGACCAGCCUCCUGGUCCUCAUCCCUGCUGGAGUAGGCUCUAUCAUAGAGGUGUGGAAGGUGAAAAAGGCCUUCAAGAUCCAGGUGUUCUGGAAGGGAUCCAAACCAACACUCAUGUUUGGGAAAUUGGACGAAUCGGAAAAGAGAACAGAAGAAUACGACACUCUGGCCAUGAAGUACCUCUCCUACCUGCUGUACCCUCUGUGCUUAGGAGGGGCCGUGUAUGCCCUGGUGUUUCUGCGAUACAAAAGCUGGUACUCCUGGGUGAUCAACAGCUUAGUUAACGGUGUCUACGCAUUCGGCUUCCUCUUCAUGCUUCCACAACUGUUUGUCAACUUCAAGCUGAAGUCUGUGGCGCACCUGCCUUGGAAAGCCUUCAUGUACAAGGCUUUCAAUACAUUCAUCGACGACGUGUUCGCCUUCAUCAUCACCAUGCCAACCUCCCACCGACUGGCCUGCUUCCGAGACGACAUAGUCUUCCUGAUUUACCUCUACCAGAGAUGGCUCUAUCCAGUGGACAAGACCAGGGUGAAUGAAUACGGCGUUUCCUACGACGAGGCGGACAAGCCUGGAGACAAGGGAAAGGUGCACAAAGACUAGAAGAGGAGGAAGAUGAAUUUGCCGUCCGUUAAACUUAUUUAUUGGUCUUUGACAGGACCGAUAGAUCUAUGCAGCUGGUUUGAUCCAAGUCCAAUCCUACUGACGUCUAGGACAUCCGAUUGAUCUGAUAGGAGGUUUUUGAUUGAUUUUAAAUGAAGGACUUUAUUUUAAUUAUUUUUUUAUACGUUAAACCUGUACCAUGGGAAUGUCAGCCCGAGUGUAGGUGUGUCUCGGUGUUGACUGACCCAAUGCUGAACUACCGGUAUGUGAAUUGCUUUUACUUUAUUUUGAAAAGGGGCUGCAAAGGGGCAUUUCAAGUGAUGUAAUUAAGCAAUUCUUGAUUACACAAGGGGAAACCACAGGAUGUUGAUUGGGACAUUAUUAGCUAUGGUUUGUGAGGGCCUGUUGAUUUCUAACAGUGGGAACUAAACAUUAUUUUUUUGCAAUGGAAACAAAUUGAGGUCAUAGCUAUGCCCCCCCCCCCCCCCCUCAAUGUGUAACAUACUGAUAAUGGUGGUCAUCGUCACUGGUUUACAAAAAUAAUUGGACGUUUUAACAUAUACAAGGGAACAAAAACUCUGCAAAAAUAGACAAAUUUGGAUAUCCAACCUCCUGUUUACGACAGCAAAUUUCAUUUUUAUGACAAGCUUUUUACCUCAAGUAUUUUCUCCAAGGCCAAUACCAGUGCCAAAUGUAAAAUAAAGUGUACUUUCUCUAGUUGUGUGUGAAACAUGAGUUAGUAUUACACCUGGACCAACUCUGGCAGAGCUCGUCUGAAUCAGUUCAGAUGAUGAUGGUGCAUCAAUUUAAAAUGUGGGCAUAUUUAAUCGGAAGGGAUAUAUAAAUUUGCCUGAAUAUUGAAAUGUUUUUUCAAAUGUAAUAAAAGUUUUAAUAUACUGUA